AGAAGAGGCACAGGGACACAGCGAGAGAGACCCCUUGUCGACAGUUCUUUUCACGGAGAAGUCAGUUUGGUAGUUUUCAUCGUCGAGGGAAAACACACGCCGGUACCCACGCAAUCCUCGGUGUAUAUAUAUAUAUAUAUUUUUUUUUUUCCAACCCGUACUCACUUGUGACAGUGAUUGUGAUUAUUCAUGUUAUUUUUCAUGAUUUUGGAUUUGCCCAUGUGAUUUGCCUCAUUGGAUUUUAUGUGAACGCACAGUCUUUUCAGGCUGCUAUUUAGUUUUUUUUUAAAUUUCUGUUCGGGAAAUAGAAGGGAGUCUCGUCGACGACGAGCUAGUGACGUGAUUUAGUAGUUCUUUUUCUUUUUUUUUUCAACUUUUUUUUUUGUGAGUUAUCAGUGAAUGUGAUAGCAGGUGGUCACGCACACAAUGAGAGCGUAGCAGAUCUUGAUGAUCGCGGCCCUAAGUGGCCGACACAUCAUGUCACAGUUCUCUUACAGGGGAUCGCCAAACUUGCAGUGUCCUGUGACAGUAAGCGCCGCUCUCGUUUCAUCCUCACCGUCACCAACUGUGCCAAUACUGAGCAUAGCAGCGGUGGCAGCAGCAAGUGGUAAUCAUUCCUUGACAACGCCAAUACCAAGUACAAGAAUGGCUGUAACUAGUGCAGUUGUUAGGCCACCGGGAAGUCCAACGAGCUCGGUGAGUCCAUCCCAGCCACAUCCACCACCAUCCAGUGCAAGCGGUGGGCCAGCACCCGGGACAAGAUGCUGUGAUACUGGUAGACCACUGUUCAAUGAUCCAAUAACUGGUCAAACAGUGUGCUCGUGUCAGUAUGAGCAGACAUUGCUCGGCAGUUAUCAGCGUCUCGGUGGUAUUGCACCUGCUGCAUUAUCAAUGUACAGUGCACCUUAUGCAGCGGCGGCAGCAGCAGCCGAGGGAAUGGCAUAUCUUCCAACAUUUGGCGCUGAACAGUCGCCUUUUUAUACGCCCACGGGCGCGGGUCUCGAUCUGAAGGAGAACCUCGGUGCCGGUGCAGCAUGGCCAUAUCCCUCUGUUUAUCAUGCCUACGACCCAGCCUUCGCCAGUUAUCCCUUCAAUGGUUAUGGGAUGGAUUUGAAUGGAGCUAGACGAAAGAAUGCAACGAGAGAAACGACGAGUACGCUGAAAGCGUGGCUUAACGAGCACAAGAAGAAUCCAUAUCCAACGAAAGGCGAGAAGAUAAUGCUGGCAAUAAUAACAAAAAUGACACUCACCCAGGUAUCAACGUGGUUUGCUAAUGCGAGAAGAAGACUCAAGAAGGAGAACAAGAUGACAUGGGAGCCGAGAAACAGGGUGGAGGACGAGGACAACAACAACGAAGACGAUGAUAGCGGGCGAAAGAGCGUCGACGAGAAAGAUCGACUAGACUCGAAGGACUCGGGAACGGGUUCGAGUGAGGAUGGUGAGAGGCCAGCGCAUCGUCUGGACCUGUUACACGGUUCAGGUGGUGCAUCCGGUGGUUUGCAAGGUAGAACUGAGAGCGAGUGGAGUGAGUCGCGUGCUGACAGCGGUCCAGACAGUCCUGAGUGUCUCUUUGAUCAGCGUGAGCCAAGGCAUCCACUUCAACUCCAGCAUCCAGCUUAUUUGGCAGCCCACGGUAGACUGCUUCGUCAUCCAUCACCUGAGAGCACAUCACCCGGUGGUGUUGGCAGUGGUACGAGUCAUUUGCCACCAUCAACUAGUGCAUCAUCCACGGGAAGUGGCCCAACGAAACCACGAAUCUGGUCGUUAGCUGAUAUGGCGAGCAAAGACGGUGAUCAGGCAAGUACACCAGCUAUGGCUCUGGGUUCACCCUAUGGGGGUGGUAAUGGUGGUGGUAAAAUUGUCAGUCCUCUCGCGAGUAGAUUACCUCCUCAUCAUCCACUGCAUCCGGCAAUGCAUUCGGGUGCCCAAUUCGUCAGGCCCCAUCCGGAUUUUUAUAGAAAUUUCUACAGUACCCCUCACCUUGGAUCUGGUGAUAUGGCACUGCUGGAGAGCUACUCCAGGACACUCGGGGGAUUGGGGGGUGUAAUGCCACCCACAAGUGUUCCUGGAAUUCUUACCACAACAUCACCACCGGCAUCGUCUGCAACGAGCAAUGUCAAACCGUUCUCGAUAAAUGGUAAUGCUAAUUCAGCUCCACCUGUUAUAUUGACUGCCUCAUCCGGUGUAUCACCUUCAUCAUCGUCGACAGCGUCGUCUGGCAGAUCGGACCAACAGUCACCACAUCCAAGUGGUGGCAGUCAUCCACCGUCGGAGCUCAAAUCUCCUGGUCGUGUGUGAUUUCGUGAUAGCCGUUAGGUCGUGUCUGUAAAUUUAACCUAAAGCAUUCUUCAAGAGUGCUCGGGAUAUUAACAACGGCACACGGCACAAAUGUUUUUGUGGCUGACAAUAAACAGACUCCAAAUAUAUCUUGUAAAUUAGUGUACAGUUUCAAGUUUUAAUGAGAAGGAAUGCAAGAUA